AGGAGACCGGUCGAAUUAUGAUAUAUUCAGUUGGAGUGUUGUAUUUUUGACUAGUUGUAGUGAUUUAAUGAAAUAUGAGCAGUUUAUAUAAUUUUUUAUUUAUUUAUUUUACUUACACAUACACACACAUACUACUACAUACACCGUAGAUACACAUAGAAACUGACCUAUUGAUCUAAAAGACAGGAACGGCACACUAGUGAAUUAAUUGACUUGGUUUAUUGUUAAGUUAGUCAACCUUCACGUUUAUUUAUUCUGUUUUUAUGAUUGUGUGUCAUUUGUUUGCAUAAUCACCUGUUUGAAUAUAUCCAUAUAUAUGUAUGACCUUCACAGUUUUUCUCUAUGUCAGUUUCAUACCAAAAAAGAGAUUACAUUGCUUUGCCUUAUGAUUGACUGUCUGUUGUUGUAUAAGUAAGCGUGAGCUUGUGUUUUAGUGUUUAUGUGCAUAUCUCUGUUGACAUUAAUGUAGUCUAGGGUGUUAGAUGUAUCAGGUUUCAUUAAAACAGCGGCUGGUAUCUAAUCGUCAUAUACCGAAUCCACAUUUAAUCAGAGUGUUUACGAAUAAAUGAAGCAAAUUAAAUUGUAUUGAAGUGUUUAUCAAAUUUCCAAAGUGCCAAAUGUUCAUUCAUUCAUUAUGUUUAUUAUGUAAAAUAAUAAUCAUUUCAAUAACAGUAAUAAUUCCUAAAUGUUUUUGUCUUAUGGGAAGUCCUCCAACAAAUUUACCGGAAUGUUUGAAUUCUGGAACAAGAACCACUAUUAAUGAACGUUACAGUUGUUCAUGUAUAGAUUCUUAUAUGAAUCGACAAUGUAAACUUUUGUCGAUUAAUGUUGCCAAUACUCCAAUAGAAAUGCCUUUCACUAGUUUUUAUAUUAAUACAACAAUUCAACAAACUGUACAUAUUGGUUUUCAAUUUAUCACUUCAGACAACAGUGGAAAUGGUACACUGUUUACACUUAGAAAUAUGAAUUCUACAUUUUUUUUAAAUGAACAACUAAUCCAAAUCAAAGUUUCCCUUGAAUUUGGACGAAUUAGUGUACAUUUCAUUUAUCUAUCAAAUUCAAAAACUCUUCGUUUACCUUCAGGUGCUGUUGCACUAAAUGACAAUGCUUGGCAUUAUGUAGAUUUCUUUCUGAAUACACAGGUUAAUGGCGAAUGGAAUCUAGUCUUAUUGAUAGAUCGUUGUAAAUAUUCUGAGUUAGGACCGUGUAUGGUGAACGAUACAAUAAUUUUAUCAGUGAAUACAAUACAAAUAGGAGGUUAUAUUCUAAUAGGUGAUGAAUCUGGUCCAUCUACAGAGAGAUUUAGAGGAUGUUUUGAUAAUGUUAUGGUGAAUAGAGAGUUGAUCGAUUUCUACCCGGUACUUUUAUCGCAAGGUUCUCGGCGUGGUUGUCCAGACUCUCAGAAAGGUUGUGUAAGAGGUAAUGUAAAAUUAUGUGGAAAGUAUGGGAAAUGUCGAAAUGCAAUAAGUUCCACCGAUAUACUGACUUGUCAAUGUGAAUUAGGUUAUCGACCUAAUAUAACAGGUGCACCGAAACCACAUAGAUGGCCAUGUGAAACUGUUUCUGAUGGCUGGUCUACAACUAAUGUAGUUUACAAUGCGUUAUUCACUGAUAAAGUUCCGAAUCGUUUACGACUGAGCAUAAGAACAAGAACUCAAACAUUUAUGGUUUUUGCAGUUGGUGCGUGGAAACUUUCUAUAAGUGUUUCAAAUGGAAUACCUGAACUACGUUUCGAUAAUAUUGUAAUUACGUUAAGUUCACUAAACAUUUCGGAUGGAAAUUGGCAUGUCUUUGAAGUCACAUUUACAUCAAGAUUUUUAGAUUUUCAGGUCGAUGAACUAGAUAAAAUAUAUUAUGAUUCAAGAUAUUUUCCAGAGAAAUCAAUUUCAAGAGGUUCAGUUGAUAUAAUUAUUGCAAACGGAGCUAAAGACACAUGUCUAGAUGAUGCUUGGAUCGAUUUCCGUAAUAUAUGGCCUGAUUUUGAACAAGAUUAUCCAUUGGAAAUCAUUAGUAACCCAUCAUUUCAACGGUAUACAGACUGGGGUACAGUUGGCAGACAGUCAGGUUGUUCAAGUGGUACUGGGUUUUGUAAUAGUUCAAAAAGUCUUUGUGAUAUUACCGCUUCUUGUAUAGAGGAAUGGAGAAGUUAUCGAUGCGAAUGCUUGAAUAACACAGUUAAAGAUGACAAGGGUAAAUGUGUUCCAUCACAAUGUUAUCCAAACCCAUGUGUUAAUGGUGAAUGUCAUGUACUUAAUGGUGCUAGUAAUUUUACAUGUAUUUGUUAUGGAAUCUGGACUGGACCAUUAUGUAACCAAGUUUCAAGCGUAAAUAUAGCUGGUCUAAGUUGGUGGUGGAUUCUACUUGUUGUUCUACUACUGUUAGCGAUAUUGUUGGCAACAAUUUUUUUAAUUAUCUGUUGUCGCAAACGUCGUGAAAAGAAGAAAUCUAAUUUAAUUGAUUUUAACAAUGAACUGAGUGAUCAAAAGUUGGGUAUAGAUACUCAGAUGAAUGAUCCAUGGAGUACAGGUGAGAAAGAUUUCCAUGGACCGAUUGAUUAUUCAGUGUUAAAAGGAAAUAUUAAUUCUAACCCGUAUCAACUUACAACUAAUGGGUCCUAUCAGAGUAAUGGUUACUUACCAACAAGUAGAAAAUCAGACACAAAUGGAAGUAUAGAUAUACAAACAUUUCCUAGUGUUACUGCUCAAGCCUAUGGACAAAAAACUACAGAUAUACCACCAUGGGAGUCAUUUGAUCGUCAACCAAAUCCUGCAAUAAGAUUAGAUCAAGUAUUAGAAUAUGGAUAUGAAGGAUAUGAUGGUAGACCUCCACCAGAAUUCUGUCCAACUGAACCUGUUGUAUCAACAUCUUAUGAUGAUUAUAUUGGUGAUGAUGGAGAUCUUAAUAUAGAAAAUGUUCAACAAUCAAUAAAACAACCCAUACCCAAUGGAAAACUGAAUACUUCAAACAAAUAAAACAGUUUAAAAUGUACAUUAUACUUUUAUAUUCGAACAAUAACUAAUAAUUCAAUAAUUUCAAUUCAUAUAUUCAAAUGAUAAAUUAUAACUAACUAAGUAACUAGCUGACUAACUAACAAAGACUGUUUAAAAGAAUCCUCAACGUUAUUGAAUCAUAACAAUAACUCUAAUGAUAAUUCAUUAAUAAAAUUAUUGAUACUUUUAUAAUGUGUUACAUCGUUAUUAUUGAAAUGAAACUUUUUUGUUUUUGUACAAUUUAAUUUGAAUGUAAAAAAUUCCCGCCUAAAAUUUUCAUUUGUGAAUAAUUCUUUUCUAUGUAUUUGUUUUUAUUCAUUUUUGUAUUGUCUUCAUUUGUAAUUCAUAAAUUUUUUUUGUUUUUUGAAACUGUUCAUUGUUUUAAUGAAGUAUAGAAAGAUUCAUUAGGAUGGAUUUAUUUAAAUCUUUUAUAGUGUAAUGUUUUUUAACGAUAUUUCAAUUUAUUGUAUACAUUACAGCUAUUCUUUCAUCAUUAGGAAUAAAGUAAAUCAUUCAUACAAAAUAUAUUCUAAUAAGUACUGUUU